AUGCCAACCAAUAAAGAGCUCUCCGCAUGCCGGCUCGGGCACAACUUCCGUACUGAGUGGGGAAAGGCGAAUGCCCAGAAGACCAGCAUCCAAGACUUCUUCGAUGCAGUCGGAAAACUGUUGGAGGCGCAAAGAGUAUCUCAGGUUCCCCCUCUUGCUAUGUCUAAGCUAUCAACCAACGAGAUCAUCAAAGCAAUGGGAUUGUCUGUCAACGUGACAAAAUCACGGGAGUUUUUGGAUAUCCCAGGCGUGGAAAUUCGACCCUCCCGCAUUACGUCUUCAAAGAAUCGAAUGGAUAUCCAAUCGGCAUUUGGAUUGAGCUCAAAGAAUGAAGCUUCGGUUCGAUCUACGUUGAACCAUCUCCUCGUGCUUGCAGAAAAGAUAGUCUCAGCCAAGAAAAUCAAGAACGCACAGCUUAUCAAUCUUCGGGUUGAGAUUUUGUGGGACUAUGGCCCGGUUACCUACGACAAUCAACAAUUUCGGCUGACGGGAAAGCCCGACUAUACGAUCUGGUAUGGUGUUUCUGAGGGCGCCUUUACCGGUAUCGUUCGUGUAGAAGCGAAGAACAUCCUGGAAGCUGAGAGUGAAAUCGGCCAGUGCCUGGGCUAUGGGCAUGGUGGCGAACAAACGCCGUGCCGCUAG